AUGAAAUCUGAAUCAUCUACGCACGAGUACUACCAGAUCAAGCCCAGUUUCCAGCUAAACUAUCUAAUCCUAAUGAUGGUAUCAACCGCAAGGUCCUUUUCCUGCAGGAGAUCGACGAAUAGAGCGGCAACUAGUCAAACAUAA